CCACGACAGGGGACCAUGGACAUCGAAGCAUACUUUGAAAGGAUUGGCUACAAAAACUCGGUGAAUAAAUUGGACUUGGCCACAUUAACUGAAGUUCUUCGGCACCAGAUGCGAGCAGUUCCUUUUGAGAAUCUUAACAUGCAUUGUGGAGAAGCCAUGCAUCUGGACUUAUAAGCCAUUUUUGACCACAUAGUAAGGAAGAAGAGGGGUGGAUGGUGUCUCCAGGUUAAUCAUCUGCUGUACUGGGCUCUGACCAAAAUGGGCUUUAAAACCACAAUGUUAGGAGGUUAUGUUUACAUAACUCCAGCCAAUAAGUACAGCAGUGAAAUGGUCCACCUUCUAGUACAGGUGACCAUCGGUGACAGGAACUACAUUGUAGAUUCUGCUUAUGGAGACUCCUAUCAGAUGUGGGAGCCUGUGGAAUUGGUAUCUGGGAAAGAUCAGCCUCAGGUGCCUGCCAUCUUCCGUUUGACAGAGGAGAAUGGAACCUGGUACUUGGACCAGAUCAGAAGAGAACAGUAUGUUCCGAACGAAGAAUUUGUUAACUCAGACCUCCUUGAGAAGAACAAAUAUCGAAAAAUCUAUUCCUUUACUCUUGAGCCCUGCAUUAUCGAAGAUUUCGAAUAUGUGAAUACCUACCUUCAGACAUCCCCAUCGUCUGUAUUUGUAGGCACGUCGAUCUGUUCCUUGCAGACCUCAGAAGGGGUUCACUGUUUAGUGGGCUCCACCUCUACAAGUAGAAGAUUCCGUUAUAAGGACAAUGUAGAUCUGGUUGAGUUUAAGAAUGUCAAUGAGGAAGAAAUGGAAGACGUACUGAAAACUGCAUUUGGCAUAUCUUUGGAGAGAAAGUUUGUGCCCAAACAUGGUGAACUACUUAUAACUAUUUAG